AUGGCCAAGAAGGCGAGGAAGUCUUCCGGAACGACCGCGUCGAGCAAUAGCAACGACCAGUCUUUCGACUUCGAAGCGUUCGUGUGGAAUCUGGAAAACGCAGUACCGCCAACCAUAACACUCGCGCCAGAAUGCGAAGCCGUACCGUUCUUCUUCAAGAACUUCAUCACCUUGCCACAACAGGCCGAAAGCACACGAGGAUACCUAGAAUAUUUGGUGCCACUCUACAAUCGUGCCCGCCCAUCUUCGGUCCUCCAUUUGGCUACUACUGCUGUUGCGAUGGCAACAUGCGGUCAGUAUCCUGGCCGACAACAGCUCCUCCGUGAAGCGGUGACCACCUACGGCAAGGCUAUCAAGAAAUUGAACGAAGAUCUGAAAGAUCCUGCGAUGGCGAAGAGCGAUGAGACGGUACUGGCUGUUCUCGUGUUUUCAUUAUAUGAAACCAUAAUGAGUACAGACGACACUAUCACGGCAUGGGGAAACCAUGUCGACGGUGCUGUGGCAUUAACGAAACUAAGAGGAAUCGAACAGUUCAACGAUCCAAUGUCACAUGCAAUGUUCCGCGCCGUGCGAACGAUGAUGAUCACAAGCUGCGUUCAACGCUCAAAACCCAUCGACUCUUUUCCCGGUACCGGAGGCUGGGUCGGCAACGGCGACAUCUCCGAAGAGAAUGCUGCCAAUCGGCUGACACUCAUCUGUAUUGAUCUCCCAAACCUCCGCGCUCGUGCGAACAUCCUCACUACCACACCCUAUGAUCCCGCCUACGAAUCAGAAGCGAAGCAAAUCCUCGACCUUGCGCAAAUGGUCGACGGAAACCUCGAAGAGUGGUAUCGCACCCUGCCUCCAGAGUGGAAACAUCGGAUCAUCGGCGUCUCCAGCGAUUCAAUCGCACCCGAGGAGAUCGCGCUGGCUGAAAGAUGGCCAGGCGAGCAACACGUAUAUCAUGACGUGUCAUUGGCGAGUAUAAUGAACGACUACCGCGUUUGUCGGAUAUUCUGUCGAAGAGUCAUCAUGGCAUGUGUGACAUGGCUCAGCAUCGUUGGCAACUAUGCAGAUGGCGAUGAGACGUGGAGUAGGAGCGUGUUUGUCAUCCAGAUGAUGGUGGACGAGAUCAGUGCAUGUGUGCCAUUUCACAUGAACUACGAGUUGCAACCUGUGGCGAAGGAAAUGGGUCAAGAGCAAAAUGCUGCGGAGGCAUUCGGCGGAUACUCGCUGGUAUGGCCACUAUACGUCGCAGCAAACGCCGAGACCGUACCACAAGAGCAACGCGACUGGCUGUUGGGUCGACUGUCCAUCAUUGGCACAAAGUUUGGGCUGAGUAGUGCUCAGGUGCUGGUAUUAGCGAGAAGACAUGUUCUGACAUGUGGCCCCAUGUUCCCUUGA